ACGAAUGCAUGCCACGUCACCUCUCGUACUAAACACUCCGCACUGGCCAAGAAGCAAGAAUACCUAAUGUGACCAGAAACCAAGGUUACCCUGUGGAUCGCAGGUCGAUCCUCAAGGAUGGCCUUGUCGUUCCUCGCAUUUUGAUCCAGCAUUUGAAUCACUUAGGUCGUUCCUCGCAUUUUGAUCACUGAUCAGCAACGAUCAAUGUUGCGCGAUCAGCUUAUUUCUGUCUGCUCCCGUCGAUUCGCAAGGAGGAUCCCUUCCGCACGUCGUCCUAGGAAAGGCUAGGAAGGAUUAGAUCCGUCGUCGUCGUUUGUUCUUAGACCGAGACCCGCCAUCACCGCUUGUUCUCGGAACGACUUCCUGAAACGGAGUUUGCAUUGCAGCCAUGUUGCCGAAUCGCGCGAUCAUCGCGUCGCAGUUUUGGAACCAGGAGUGCGGCUCGGCGCAGUCGCUCGACGCCGUGGUUACAGCCGUCCCCAACGAGCCGCCUUCGUCCGGGAUUCAGCUCGGUAGCGGCGUCGCGCGAUCGCAGCAGCUGCUCCUGCUGCAGAAACUGCUGCCAAUUCCCUUCACCCCAUCCUACGCUGCUGACUCGGACGAUCAGGGCGGAUGGGUGGUCGACAGAGUGCUCUCUGGCGUGGGCGGCAGGGACUGGUGGGCGACAGUGAUGGGGCGGAUGAGAGUGCAGCGCAUGUGGCGCUUCAAGCACUUCAGGCAGGAGAAGAACGAAACCCUUGCUGGAAAUGCCUCCCAAGAAGCAGCAUUAGGCUCUACAGGCAGCAGCAGCAGGGCAUGCAGUGGAAGUGCAACAGGAUGGUUCCAGGACCCUUCCAUGUACGCUCUCUCGGCCCGCACACGCAUCACCCUGGGCAAGCAGACCUGGCUGAGCGGUAGUGCGGAGCUCAGCACUCUCGCUGGGCUCGCAGCAGCGCUGCAGGGGAGGAAGGGAGGGAAUGCGGCAGAGAGGAGGCCUGCAGCCGAAGGGGAGGAGAUGCUUGAGGGCGGAGAGGAGGCGUCGGGUUUCAGAGGGUUUAUCUCGCUGCGGCACAAGAUGAAAGGCCACGACUUGAUAGCACGAGCAGGGUGGGGGGAGCAAUGUGUUGACCGCGCUGGCCGCUACUGGACCCUGCCCCGUGCGCUCUCCAUCGACUUUGCCUCUCUCGUUACAAGAGAGGGUCUGCGCUACCGCUUUGGCCUGCAGCACGUUGGGGGCAAGCCAGGGGAGCAUUAUCGUCCCUGGCACGGCCCGGUGCCUCUUGCUCCCUGGGGGGCGAAGGCAGGCACGAGGGCACAGGCAGCCAUGUCGCUAGAGGGGAAGGUGACUGUAUGGAAGGACAGGUGCGAGAGGAGGAGGCGGGAGAAAGAAGCCGCUAAAGAAGCUGCUCGGCUGGCUAAGGCUUCCCAUGCCUCUUCAUACCCUUCUUCCUCCUCCUCCUCCUCUCCCUCCUCCUCCUCUCCCUCCUCUCCCUCCUCUCCCUCCUCUCCCUCCUCUCCCUCCUCUCCCUCCUCUUCCUCCUCUUCCGCCUCCUCCUCUUCCUCGUCAUCACCUGCAGCAUCAGCAUCAGCAUCAGCAUCAGCAUCAGCAUUGGCAUCGAAUCCAUCGUCCUUAUCCUCCCCAUCCCCCCGAUCCUCCUCCUCCUCCACUUCGUCUUCACUGUUCUCUUCAUGCUCCUCGUCCGCCCCUUCUCCUCCUCCUCCCUCUUCCUACAACUGGCUCGCUGCUCGCCCCCGCAUCACUCUCUCUGGCGUGCUUGGCGGGCUGGCCUCCACCGAGAUUACAACCACCAGCAGCACGGCCACGGCCCAAGACGCCAGUCAAGCACCCAUCUCAGGCAUGAACGGAGAGGCUGCAGCAGGGCCUAUCCGCCUCUCCUCUGUUCAGCUCUCCUCUCCCUCCACCGAUCUUUUCGCAUCGGUGGCGGUGACAGCCCAGCUCGGCAUGUUCGAGCGCCCUCUCUUUGAUCACACCCUCUUCAAUGCCACCCUCACCUGCGGUUCGCUCUCCUCCGCCUGCUACAAUCUCUCCCAACCCGCAUCUGCCACGUCAGCACCAGCAACCGGUGCCACGUCAGCAGUGGCGUCAGGUGACACGUCAGCAGGCCAGCAAAGAGAGGAGCGGGGUGCACCCACACUCUCGCUCUCGUUUCAACAACAGAUCCUUGGCCCAGUGAGGGGGCGCUGGGACGCAUGCAUGGGAGUGGAUUCCAAAAACCCGUUAGCCGUGCCUCGCUUGCUCGACUCCACCUAUGCCCUCGACUGCUCCCUGGAGAGGCUCGGGGCUGCCAGGCUCGUUGUCUGGUACUCCCCAACCAGACGGGAAGGCAUGGCGGAGGUUCGGUUGCUGGAUCGGUAGAUGCUGUUUUGAGCUUGCCAUAGUAAGCUGCUGCAGUGUUUUUGAGAGGACUUCGAGAUUAACUGAGUUGAGUUGGGUUGCUUCGUUCCUAAAUUUCGGAGCCAUGGUUUUCGUGACUGGGCUCUGAUUUCUGGGUUUUGUGCACCUUCAGGGUGCUGCAGACAGUGGAUGGGGAAAGAACCGAUGUGCUGUUCUGCAGUAGUUUUAAACGCACUGACCUAGCAAAGC